CUAUGCUAUAUUCAAUACUUUUGUGAUGACAUUAAGUAUGACAGAUAUCAAACGCACGGAUUACACGGUCGAUACGUAGGUUUGGGACAAACAUGUUGACGGUUUGAACAUUUGUGACAAUCCAGUUUUUAGCCAUACAAGAGAAGAGAGUGAAAAAAAAACAGCUGUCAAACACACAAAAUUGGCUAUUCGUAAAACUGAAAGUGUGGGAAAAUGUUUGUGAGCCGCAUCGUUCUGUGCUGAUAAUUUUUAUUUAGACGAAAAAUGCGAGUUCUACUAGUUUUCUGUUGUUUAUUCAUUUGUGCACAGCAAAUUGCUGCGGUCAAAUUGAAUUAUCCGCGUGUGUUGCUACCCAUUUUUGAUAAAUUAUCGAUUAAUUUCACGUUAGAAGUGAUCGAAGGCGGCUGUUUCAAAUGGUCGUCAUCUCGUCCUGAUUUGAUCACAAUUUCACCGAUUUUUGAUGAUGCCGAGAGCGUUGAAUGUGCGUCAAAAGCCGUCCUUACCACCGUAUUUCGUGAGAAACGUCGAAGCACCGCAUUUGUUUUGGCUAAAGAUUUAGCCACUGGUGAAAUACUGCGGUGUGACGUCAUUUUAGAUGUCAUCGACAAACUCGACGUUCUGACAACAACACGUGAACUGUAUCUGGAAGAAGCGCCAGAAACAUUCGAACUAUGGGCACAAGAUUCACAAGGAAAUGCAUUUACAACGCUCGAAGGUAUCGAGUUCAAUUGGAAAAUUUCAUCACAGCAUCCGGUCGAAGGGAAGGAAAGAGAUUGGCAACGAGUUUUGCGUUUUUUACGCUUCUCCGAAAGUAAAUAUCAUGAUGUGCCGCCAACGGUAGAAAAGUUCGAUCGCGUCGGUCUAAAAGGUUACAUGGUUCUAUUGGAGGGUAUAAAUACCGGUUCAGCUAAAGUUAGCGUCGAAUUACCGUAUCCCGAGUAUCAACACAUCGUUAUUCCACUGAAUGUGAACAUUGUUGUGUUGGCAAACAUUAUUCUCGAUCCAAGUGAUGUGCACAUUUUGGUCGGCGAUUCAAUUCCAUUCCGAAUUUUACAGCUCAAACAAGGUAAAUUGGAAGACAUCACAUCGAAUAAUCAAUAUUAUUUGGAGGUGGAAAACAGUGACUUGGCCACACUCGAUGGAAACAUUGCAACGGGCCAUAAGCUUGGUCGAACGGCAGUCAUUCUGAAGGAUCGAAAUGUUGCAAAUAAUCUAGUUGAAUCCGAUUCAAUUCCAUCGAUUCAGGCGACACUCACAGUUUGCCGUGCGGAUAAAAUAACCUUGAAUUUAUUGCCAUACUACAAUUGGUUGACUGUAAAAGGCGAACAGCAUGCAAUUUCGAUCAACUUAUACACGCAUGACAAUCAAUUGAUUACUUUGGGCGAUGAGUAUGGUAUCGAAUCACAAUUUGACCAAAGCAUCUUUUCACCAUUGUCGCGUACAGUUAACGGAUCGCAAAUAUUCGGCGAGGCAAUUAAUACCGGUAAAAGUGCCGUACUUGGAUCAUUUGAAAAGUUAAAAGCGACAGCCGAAUUGCAAGUAUUCGAUAAAUUGGAAUUGAAUCCAUCGAUCGUGUAUCUACCCUACGAUCCGAAUCAUCUUCGUCGCCAGAAGAUUCACUACAAAGCAAAGGGGGGAGAUGGUCUGUACUCGUGGUCUAGCUUGAAUGGUAAUUUGAUUGGCAUCAAUCAAAAUGGUUUGGCCGAAACUCGAACCGGUAACCAAGUCGCUAGCAGCUAUGAUCGUAACGAUAAAAACUUGGUUGACUUUGCUCAAAUCAAAGUGGCACUCCAACGAAAUCUGAAAAUCUCCAAAACGGCUGACAUUUUCUUUAUGCCACCAACCAAAUUGGAAAUUGUUCGAUACAAUUUUGAAACGACACUAAAGGAUUAUGUCUAUUUGCAUGUGGCUUUGUAUGCUGAGCACGAAGGUAAAUUGGUGUCACUAACAUCAUGUGACAAUUUACAUUUCGAGUAUGAUAUGUCGGAGGAGAUUUUCCACAAGGAUGACAGCGCUCAAUUGCCAGCCGGAGAACAGUUGCAUCCAUCGGCUUGUCAUUUGGUGGCUUUGCAAUCGCACGGUUUGGGCAGUUCACAUUUCACAGUUAGCUACACCGUUUUCGACCGUGUACUGCGCGCCGAAGUCAGUUUAUUGGUCUUUGAGAAAUUGGACAUUUUGAAUCCACUUUCGAACGAGGUCGUACUUCCGAUUGGCGCUUCGCGAAAUGUUAUUUAUCAGAAUGGACCGCAAAAAGUGUUUAACAUUGACGGUGAACUCGUGAAGAAUGUACGCAUCGAUGAGUCAAUUGCCACUGUUACGCCGAUUACAAACAGUUACUCUGCUGAUAAGCAUAUCCUGAAUGUACUUUGCCGAAAGGUCGGAUCAACGGUUUUAACUUUUGACAUUUACAAUGCACUAUCGUCCAACAACCAUGUUCCAUAUGUUUCGAAAUUCGAAACAAAUGUGAAUUGUGUGAAGCCACGAUUCAUCAGUUUGUACACCACCGAAAAACUGCGUCAAGGUUGUCCGCUCAAAGUGAAAAAUUCCCUGAUGCACGUUCGACAAAAUGACAACCAGCUUGAUAUCACCAUCGAUGUGCUGGACGCUCAGAAUCGUAAAUUGCAGAACAUUUCAUCGCUUGUGCUGUCAUGGCAAUUCUUGCAAGCCGACGACAAUCGACUCAACUAUGAUAUCGUGUACGAGCGUAAGAGCGAAGAAGACAUCAUAGCCGGCGUUAAAGUACCAAAACGUGAUUUCCUAACGACAGUACUUCCAGAGGUACACAAUGCUUUCAAAAUCAAAGCAUCGGUUGACAGUUACAAUCAAGCCAUUUUGUAUGACGAAUCAAUUUAUGCUGAGCAUCCCGAAUUUGGAAUUCCACAAAGUGGCAAACCGGAUGAUGGCAAUCUGUAUAAGCCAGUAAUUGAAAAUGAACUCAACUUUUUGGCGGUGAACAGCACUCUAUUGCCAUUUGAUAGCGUGUCGAUAUUCCUUGCACCAAACCACGAACAACAUGUCCAAUUGCUUCAAGGCAGCGGAUUUUAUGAGCUUAAAGUAAACGAACCGGGUAUUCUGAAUGCUGUCAUCGAUAACGAACGUCGUCAAAUUGUCAUUGAACCACUUCGCAUCGGACAAGUGGAAAUUGAUAUAGUGGACCGAUGCCUACAAACCGACCCGUCACGAUUGACUGUGUCCAUUGUGUCAAUUGGUCGCAUUGAAGUUCAGGUUGCUGAUCGUGUGGAAAAAACAAAGACCAUUGAAGCAAUUGUGAAAUUGUAUGAUUCGCUUGAAAAUCCAUUGGCACUGGAUUAUAAAAAUUUGAAGAUUUAUGAAUUGCGCGAGCAAAUUUGGAAUCCGAAUGUGUUCAACAUUGAACUAGGCCAUCUGUCAAAUUUGAACACAGGUGAAAUUCGUUACUUUAUUACUGGCGCCGAGUUGGGUGAAACAAAGUUGACCAUUACAUCGGGAAGUGGCGAGAAAUCAGUUUCAAGUCCAUCAUAUCCAAUUCAAGUUUUCCCACCAUUGCGAUUGCUUCCACGAAACUCGACCAUCGUCAUCGGAUCAUCCAUUCAAAUUGAAGCCCAUGGAGGACCACAUCCAGAUGUUAACGUCAUCUAUUCCGUUGAACAAGAAAAUAUUGUGUCGAUGGACUUGAGUAUGGCAAAAGGUCAGCGAUUGGGUAAAACGAUUAUAAUCGGCCAAUGUAUUGGAAUCAAUCCAGUGAAUUCACAGAAAAUUGUCUACUCGGAAGAUCAAGUUGAAAUUAAUGUCGUUCCGUUAAAUAAAGUCAAGAUUCUAACGCCAUUGAGACGCGUACGAUCUGGGACCAUUUUACCAGCUUCGAUUUGGGGUGUACCGAAUAUUUCACCGCUAAUUUUGGGAACAUUAACGUCAAAGGUACGUUGGCACACAAAUCAACCGGAUGUCAUCGAAAUCAACGGCAUUUUCUCCGAGGCGGGCAUUGAGUAUGAUGAGCAAGAUUCAAUUUCGGUUCGAUUGAAGGCACUCAAUCCGGGUACAGCGAAAGUUCAAGCUGAAUUCACCACUUCAACUGGAUCACAUUCGUGUUUCGUUGAAAUCACCGUAUUCAAAUUGCUGGAACUUGAAUUGCCCAGACGCAUUACGACCGAUGCAAUCAUCGUUCCACCAAGAUCACAAAUCAAUCUCAAAGCCAAUUUACCGGACGCACGAUUCCAUUUGGCUGAAGAAAUGAUUGGCGGUUUGAAAGUAUCGGCUGAUGGCAUUUUGCGAACAACUGAUCACAUUGGACGCGAUCUUGUUAUUGCAACAUCUGACGAUCAAACGCUGUCAAUUCCAAUCGAAACGAAGAAUAUCCACUAUGUGUUGGCCACAUUGCAUGCACCGUCGUUCAAGUUGAAGCAGCUUGAAACAAAGAUUCCGAGUGGCAUGAAUAUCAUUUUGAAAGUGUCAUUGCAUGACAAUUUGGGCAAUGAAUUUUCGCACGGUAUUCAAGACACAUCAAUCCUCGUACCAAAGCUUGCCACUCAAGACGGCAUUGAAGUGAAUUUCGGUAACAAUUUCACUGUUUCAUUGAAUUUGCCACGUCAAACAUCGAACAUGCUGUCAGUUUCAUUGAAAAAUGCUGCCGGUGUGAAAUACAACGAAGACUUUGUAAAAUUGUCGGUAUCAAAAUCUACUGGUAAAUUCCCAACAAAGAAAAUCUUCUCGGUCGGCGAUAUCAUUUGCUUCGAUUCACCAUUGGUGUCGGUCGGUGAUUGGACAUCGUCUGACGAAACGGUAUUGCGGGUCGACAAAUCCACGGGCAUCGGUUUGGCACGUGGCAGCCGCCAAAGUUCAAAGUUCGGUGAACAAGUGACCGUUACAAAUGGCGGUGAGCUGUAUGGAUUCAUCAAGUAUGAUCUGGAGGUUCGCGAGGCUGACACAAUUGAAUUCUAUCAGAUUAACGAUGUUUUCAAUGGAAAGAACUACAAAGCCAAUUUGAUCAUCAAAAAUCACUUGCAAAUCGAUAAGCUCUCCAAUUUAAUUUCCAAGAAUACCACCACUUGCUUGGCAUCGUUGGACUCGUUCCGUGAGAAAUUCUUCACUUGCACGCUUAAAUUGCUCGAUACCGCUCAGAACAACGCGGCCAAAGUAAUCGAAUUGCUCAGUGUUACGUCCACAUUUGACAAACAGUUUGGAUCAUAUGCGUGCGAAAUCGAAUUGAAACCAAAAGUCACACUCUCCGAUUUAAUCAAUUUGGUACAAGGUGACGAUCUUCAAUUUGAAUUGGUGGCCACAUUGGUGAAUGGCAUUUCGACCGCCACAAUUAUUAAAAUGAUGCCAGCAAUCAGUGUUAAUCCACUUGAGUUGAUACUCGAACAAAUCGAUCAACAAACUCUUACCGUUACCGGCAUCGAACGCAUUCUGCAACGCGUUCAAGUGACAUCGUCCGAUCCGAGCGCAUUCGAAAUCACAUCGACCAAAGCCAAAAAUUCGAACCAGUAUAAAAUCAAAAUUUUGAAAAAUAUCCCAUUGGAUGAAACGGCUUACAUCAUUGUCAACUCACCGCUGACCAUGCAAACCGUUCAGGUUCCCGUUCAAUCACUCAGAAUUGCUGCAAAAUGCCUGAAUCAACCGUUCCAGAGCUUCACAGCCAUUGCGUACAACGUCAUCUCCAAUCUUGGACUCAUCGUUUCGAUGCUCAUCAUUCUGGCAGCCACCAUUUGGGCAUUCAUUUACUGCUUUUCAUCAAGUUCAGCACGAGUCGAAGAUAAUUCACCGUUCCAGAAAUCACCCCGUAAACAAAUGCCAAUAACAAACUUAUCAUCAUCAAGAAUUUCAUCGCCAAGUGGUAUUCGACAACCGUUAUAUCCGGACCAAAGUUUCGGCAGUAACACCAGUCAAACAAGCAGCAUUUUGCACAACAGUGCGUCGCCAAUUUACGGUGAUUCGACGCUGAUUUCACCAAACAAACGAAUCAAUCGACGAUACCUCUAGGAAUCAACGGGUACCAGUUACUAGACAUUAGCGCGUAAUUUAAUUGAUGACACAGAGACAUCGAAAAAAAUUGAAUGCAAAAUUUGAUACUUAAUUGAAGCUUAACUGUUGAAAUUUGUUGAAUACUGAUUGAAUAUUGAUAAAAAACAACAACCAUUUUUUCACGUGUAAAAGAGAAAUGUAUAAAAAAAGUAUAAAGCACGUAUUGAAAUAAGAAUAGCUAAAUAAGUAUAAGAACUUUACCAGACCAACUAUUUUUGAUUAUAUGAAAUAGUUUCUUUGCAUAGUUAUGACCAUAAAAAAGUAAAAAUGAUUGAACUUUUCUGUAAAAAAAAAAAUGAACUUUAAAUAUGACGGUUGUAUGAAACAAUCCGAAUAUGACAAAAACACCGCAAUUAGUAAUAAUACAAAUCAAUGAAUAAUUCUAAUCGAUGGGUGGAAGAAUUUUGCCGAUACCAAAAGCGAAUCAUACUCUAGAGUUAAAAAUCCAUUAUUGUUAAUAAUGAGUUGUAGCACAACAAGGGAAAGAAAUUAAAGUGAAUUAUUUACAUAGAAGAAAAAAUGACAUUAUGAACAAUGAACAUAUUCUAAAUCAUAACGAUAGAUCGAAGGAGAAACAACUGUCAGUUUUGUUGAGUUAAUUUAUUUGAAUGAGAAAACUAAAAUGAAAACUCCUUCAAAACGUGAAAUAUGCCAGUCAAUGAAAAUAAGAGAUCAUAUUAGGAAUAAUGAAACCAAUGAAACGAGAUCAUGUAGAAAAAGACUGAAAUUCAAAAAAUAUGAUUGAAAUUUCAUGGAAAAAAGUACGGUGAGGUACCGAUUGAUUGUCUCGUUUCUUUGCGUGAUUCUCAAAUUAUUGGACAUUUUUUAGUGUAGAACCAAAUUCGUUUAUUUUUUUUCGAUUCGAUCGGGACAGUCAUUCUACACCUCACUGCACUUAAUGCACACUGAAUGAUGCAUUUAUAGUUUUGUAAUUUGCAACUAAAAUUAGAAUAAGCCAAUUAUUUUGUUAAGGUGGAACAGAAUGGAAUAAAAUGUGACAUUUUUUCAUGACGAUUUGUUAAA